AUGAGUUUAUCGCUAUAUCCUGGCACUAAUUGUACCCCUGAAGAAUGGUAUGAAUAUUGUAAAAUGCCUCAAGUCCGUGAAAAUGAAACUCCUGGUGAGUGGAAAGAGCGAAUUUGGGACCGUUUACAGUAUUUUAGAGAACAUAGUCUUUUACCUACUCAAAGCAAAAAAUAUCUUGAAGCUAGCGAAUUGAUAUCAUUUCCCAAUAAUACUCCAUAUGCUCGUAAUUAUAAUUAUAUAGGAAUGGAAAGACAUUGGAAAUUCUCAUAUAUCGGUAAUAAAUACUGUGGUGUAAAUCACGAUGAAUACUUAAAAAUCAAGCAAAAACCUAAAUAUAAUUUCGAUGAUAAAAAAAUUGAACGUGCUAGAGAUGUUGGUAGAAAAAUUCAAGCAUAUAUUAUUAUACAACAAAAGGUUGUUGAGUGGAUUUAUC